CCUACAAGAGAAGUGGGCAAAUAUCAGUGCUCCAGUUUGUUUCAAGGGAUUUGUAAACAGCAGUUGUUCCUUGCUCUUUGUCUAAUGUUGGUCUUCAUACCAGGCUUCCUCUUGGGCUAGCUGUACUGUCCUUCCUUACAAAUGGAAACUGACAGUCUGGCUGCAAGCAGCUAUGCUUGACACAAUCGUCAGCAGAUAAAACAGCGUUAUUCCUAAAAGCUUUGUCUUUAUUGGCCUGCAGUUCCCAACAAUGCAGCUGCGGCUGAGUUUUGAAGGAUUCAAUCUCAAUCCUCAGUCCCUGAAGGGAUUAUGUCCUAUGGAGUCAAAGCUAAGUGCUUUCCUUUGGAGCGGUUAUAUUUCCUUAUUUUAGUGUCAUUUCAGUAGCUGAUUUGUUACAUCUACUGUAAGAAGAGAUGAGUUUCUGUGUAGAAUAUGUAAGAUUUUGUUUUUGCAUCGGAUCAGUAUCUUUGAUUUCAUUAAGAACUGUGAAUCGAAGACAUUUUUGCUCCUGUGAGAUGUUAGUGUGAGUGAAGCCCCAGGUGUGAUAAGGCUGAAUGUUAAAUGUGAGAUUAGUCAUUACAUAAUCUCAUAACAGUAACGUAAAUGCAUGUAUCCUAUAGAGCAAAAGGGACUGAGAGAUGUAUUCACUGUGUUAAGCAGCAUGCUGUGCAAGAGCUUGCACUUCUGGAAAAUACCUACUGCUAUGCAAUAGGUAAUCUGUGUUAAAUGUGAAUGUUUUGGGAUGUGUGCAUCCCUGGAGCUGAAGAGAUGAUCCACACUCAAAGCCACCUGAGGAGUGCCAGUAGCAGCUUUUACUGUGAUGUAGUUUCUCUCUUUGAAACUCAGGUGGUUCACCAAAAUCAGACCAGACUGACUUUACAGUGUCCCUUGUAAUGAAGUUUAAGGUGAAGAUAGCCUAAAGGAAGGCUGCAGGAGUAUUUGUGGCACUUUACAAAAGAUGACUGAAGGAUGUGUGGGUGUAUAUCCAUGUUGGUUUUGAUCUAGUAAGGAAGAUACAGGAUUUCGCACAUGCUACUGACUGCUACAACUAAAGAGUCAGUCUUCUGCAUAUUUAUUUAACUCCUGAAUUAUAAACUGGGGACAAGGGCAUUUCUGUAUUUUGUAGUGAUUUUAUGAGGAGAAAUAAUUUUACUACAGAGGGAAGAGAAGUGUUUAAUUUAGGCAUAAUUUUGGUUUAAAAGUAUGGGCUUGUGUACCUAUUACGAUAGACUUGCCAGUGCAGGCUUAGUCUGUGCAAGCAAAAAGCCUGGAUAGCUUAAACCACUCUUCAGGAGAGAAAGAGAGGAAGGAGAUGUUAUAGUGAUACAGUCCUUCCCACUAUAUAACUCUAUGUAGAGUAUAGCUUUUGUGAGUAAGAAUAUCAGAAAAUAAAUUUUGUCAUUAGUAUUGACAUGGUAAAAAAGAUACAGCCUUGGAUAGGAAGGUACAGGGGAUGAGAAGAAAUGGUAGAACCUAGGGAUAGAUACAGCCAGAAUAGAUUUCCGCUACAGAACAAAUGUUGCGUUUGGUUUAAAAAGCUUCAUGUUUAUCUUAUUGCUGAAAAAAAAAAUAUACUUCAGCAGAGCACUGAGUAGGUUGAACAUGUUGCAUUGCCAAGAGCCUUACCUGUCUGCAGUGCUGCAAGCUUGAAAAAUUUGAGGUGGAGCUAUGCCAGAAACCUGCUUUUCACCUUGCAGCUAGUGUAGAAUGUAGCUGGCUUCUUUCAAGAAUUCAAUGUUGGAAAUGUCUCUGAUCCUCUUUUGGGCAUUUUGCAAAUCCCAACAACUUCCUUAAGGUUUGCUGCUGGAAGAAAUGGUUUAUUGUCUGCUUUAUUUAUUGCAAGUUUUUCCAUCGUUCUGUAGUAGAUAAUGCUUUGAGCUCCUUGUUCAAAUACAUCUAGGUGAUCAUAUCAUCUAUAACAUAAGAAAAAUACGUUUAAAAUAAGUCCUACUGGAGUGAGUCUCAUUUUACUUGGGAGAAGAGAGAGCCAAAGCUACUUGACAGAUUUGGGUGAUGCAGCUGCUCAGUCCAGAUAAAUUGUAACACCAGCAUUGUAGGAGUGCUUACUAAAAGCCUCAGGCAUAAAUAAAUGUCAUGAGUCAAAGAGUUUAUGCUACAUGUGAAUAAGUGCAUGCUGGAUGCAAGGAUGUGAAAUAGAGCAUACAAGUUCUCACCCUUGUUCUGACUUGGUUUACUUGCUUAUUUACCUGAGUGUUAGGAGUUCUCGAUUCCCUACGGAUAGGAUACAAAGAGGAUAGGAAGAUUCUUAAACCAAUUGAUUUGCACAGGUGUGCUGUACAAAGCACUGGUUUGGGAAUUGAAAAUCUCAGCUUUGCCACUGAUAUGUUAAAUGGCUUAAGGCAAAUCAGGUUGGUCUUGACUUAGUUUCUGUCUCUAGAAAGUGGGUAAGUUGCCUUGAUUUCCUUUAAAUCCAGAGUACUUUAGGAUUUACUCAUGUCAAAAUUUUAUGUAUAGAGUUAGCUAAUGGGCUGCACAUAUUUUGGAGCUGUAUUACCAAAGCUGUGUUUGUUUGGCAAGACCUUGCUGUUGACCAAUUAUUUGUGUUUGAUGUCCACUCUAUUCUCUGAUUUGCAGACUUUACAUGUCUACUUGCAGAUAGAACCUGCUAUGUUAUAGUCAGCCCUUUCAAAGGGCAUCACUGGUAACAAGCGAAGAUCAGGAGUCACAGGAUGUAUCUGUUAGACAUAAAUACUUAAUCAAAUGUAUACUGUUACGGGCCUGAAGAAUUGUAUGUAGGAAUAUGGGUAAGCAGUUGCAUAAUGAAUUAGAUCAUUGGCCACUGUGUCAUAUGUCGAUCCCUUGCUAACUGGAAAGUGCAUCAUUAGCAUGUGAUACUGAAACACUGGGAGAGGUCAAAGUUGCACAAAGCAAGGUACAGGCUUGAAGGGUGAUCUGAUGAUUUGAUCUCUAAAUCUUUCUUGAAGGUAGAGAGGGCCCUGCCAAGUGUUUUUGUGCCAGAGUGGACAAGCUAUGAUUCUUGGUCAAAUUUAUCUUCCUUGCCUGGUGCCCAGUUCUUGUAAAGGCUGUUCUUCUUGUUAUUCUGUAAUAGAUUAAGAAGGUAUAAAUUUAUACUGUAAAAGAAUAUGAAAGCAAGGGCAUUUUGAUGUGUGUAGAAUGAGUCUGAGGAAGAAUGUACAAAAAAAGAACUGAUACUGAUAGACUAUGAAGAUUUUCCUUUCAACAGUUAUAAAUGAAUGCGAGUUCAGUAGGUUUGCAUUUCCCACAAAAUUAGAGGAUUUUGUAACCUUUGUGGCUUGCCUUUAGCAAAAUAGUUACAUGGCACAGCAUAACUGAGGAACAUCUUUUUUGGGAGAAUAAGAGGACAGUUUCAGGCUCAUUUGACUUGAAUUGACAGCAGGAUAUUCACAAAAGAGAUCUUGGAGACAGGCUGAAAUAAUAGUUUUAACAGAUGCUAAGUGUGGAUUAGAAAGAGAGAUCUGUGAGUCAUCUGUUUAUAAUUGAAUAAGUGCUUAUGAAAAUACACAGGCAGAGCACGUAGGGAGACAAUAGCAGAAUAAGGAAGGAGCCCUAUUAGCACCCACAGAAAUUUAGAGAGAUCCUCCCAUGUAAAUGUUAUAGGAACAAGUAGAGGUGGGAGGACAAUUAGGAGGUGCUGGAAUUACAGAUAUGGGAAAGGCAAAAUUUCAAGAAGAGGAUGAUUAUGAUAAAGGUGUGUGAUGGUCACAAGGGGUGAAGAUGAAACACCAGUUCUUAGAGUUUAAGGAGGUUUUGGCCUCUCAGGAUUUUGGUAAGAGUUGUUUCAGGAGAAGAACCUGGAUUAAAUAAGAUCUAAAUAUGCAGGUAAAGGGAGACUCCUGAGCAUGCAUAAAACUGAGCGUGUGGAAGCUGAGGUGAACAGCAGUAGUUAAAGAUGAGAUCAUUUCAUGUUCCUUUUUUGGAAGAGGUGGUCAAAGGAAAUGGAUAGCUAUUCAGACUUCAAUGCAAAGAACCUCUCAUCUUCAGCCAAUAUGUCUGUUUCUUUGCCUGGACAAGUUGGACUCAAUAACACCAGCGGUACUCCUUCUAUGUCAAUAAGCAGGCUUUUCCCAGCCCUGUUAGAGUGCUUUGGAAUAAUUCUUUGUGGCUACAUAGCUGGAAGAGCCAACAUUAUCACAUCAACUCAGGCCAAAGGACUCGGAAAUUUUGUGUCCCGUUUUGCACUCCCAGCUCUACUGUUCAAAAACAUGGUGGUACUUAACUUUUCUGAUGUGAAUUGGUCCUUCCUGUACAGUAUUUUAGUUGCGAAAGCUGCUGUGUUUUUCUUAGUCUGUGUUUUAACAUUAUUGGUAGCCAAUCCUGAGAAUCGAUUUAGCAAAGCAGGUUUGUUCCCUAUUUUUGCUACACAAAGCAAUGACUUUGCACUGGGAUAUCCAAUCGUUGAAGCUUUAUAUCAAACCACUUACCCAGAAUAUCUCCAGUACAUUUACCUAGUGGCUCCAAUAUCUCUUAUGAUGCUAAACCCUCUGGGGUUUAUCUUCUGUGAAAUCCAGAAGUGGAGGGAUAAUCGCAUUGUGUCACAGAGCAAAAUCAAAAUAGUGGGCCUAGCACUCCUUCGAGUUUUGCAGAACCCAAUUGUAUUCAUGGUCUUCAUAGGAAUUGCCUCAAACUUUAUUCUUGGCCAGAAAAUUCCCGAAUACCUUGAAAACUUCCUUGAUGGUCUGGGCAGUUCAUUUUCUGGCUCUGCACUUUUUUACCUUGGACUAACUAUGGUGGGACAAACAAAAAGACUGACAAAGGGUAUGUUUGUUGCACUGAUCCUUCUCAUCACAGCUAAACUACUUAUGAUGCCAUUUCUCUGUAGAGAAAUGGUGGAACUCUUGGACAAGAGUGACAGCGUAGUCAACCACACCAGUUUAUCAAACUAUGCAUUUCUUUAUGGAGUUUUUCCAGCAGCACCUGGUGUCGCAAUAUUUGCAAGUCAAUUUAAUAUGGAAGUAGGAAUUAUUACCUCAGGCAUGGUGAUAAGCACUUUUGUGUCUGCGCCUAUUAUGUAUGUUUCUGCGUGGCUGUUGACCAUUCCAUCUAUGGACCCCAACCCACUGGCAUCUGCACUCCAAAAUGUUAGCUUUGACAUAAGUAUUGUCAGCCUCAUUUCUCUGACUUGGUCUCUUAUUGUUGUUCUUCUGAGUAAGAAAUACAAACAGCUUCCUCAUAUGAUUACAACAAAUCUACUUGUUGCUCAGUUUAUUGCUUGCAUUGGAAUGGUGGCAUGGAAUUUCAUUGUUAAAGAGAAAGACAUCACCAUGCAGAUCCUAGUAUUUAUAUUCCUCUACAGCUCGCUUUAUAGCACCUACCUGUGGACAGGUUUUCUAUCUUUCUCUUUGUUUUUGUUGAGGAAGAGAGAAACAGUAAAAAUUCCCAUUGGGUUUAUUAUCAUAGCUGGAUGGGGAGUCCCAACGCUUUUGGUAGGAAUCUUACUAAUUGUUGGUGAAUGCAACAACAGUAGUAUUGACUCUGCCUUUUUCUAUGGAAAAUACCAGAUAAUUACCACAGCAGUGAUCCUGUUCAUCAGUAUAUUGAUGUCAGGUAUCUCACUUAUGUGCAUGAACAGAAAUAGGCAAGAGUCAAACUAUGAGGUACUGAACCCAUAUUCACCACGUACCGAAGUGGAAGGGAGUGAGGGGGAUCGAGUGUCAGCCACUAUGCCCCAGCCAUCUCCAGGAUCCUCUGCACAGCCAUCUCCAGGAUCCUCUGCACAGCCAUCUCCAGGAUCCUCUGCACAGCCAUCUGCAGAAAGAGGUUGCUGUUCUUGUCAAAUGACAAAUGGUGAAUUGGCCUGUGCUAGAGAGAGCAAAGCAGUGUCAAAUGCUGUUGAAAGCAAGGUUCCUCCAAUUGAAACAGCUGAUCAGUGUGUGAGUCAUUGCAGUGCUCAAACCUGUGUGUUGGCUCAGGAAGAACAGCUUCUACAGACUGGAGACAGACAGCUGGCCAGACAUGUGCUGCUGUGCUUACUACUUAUUGUUGGCUUGUUUGCUAAUCUUUCCAGUUGCUUGUGGUGGCUGUUCAACCAAGAGCCUGGAAGGCUAUAUGUGGAAUUGCAGUUCUUCUGUGCUGUGUUUAAUUUUGGUCAGGGCUUUAUUUGCUUUGGUAUUUUUGGCUUAGAUAAGCAUUUAAUUAUUCUACCAUUCAAGCGAAGACUUGAAUUUUUCUGGGGAGGAAGAGAAGCAGCAGGGCAUACAGAUCCCUCUGUACCUGAGGAAAUCAGGAUGACUUGUCAACAGUUUGUUCAUUAUCAUAGAGAUCACUGUGUCAAAAGUAUUGUCAAAGGCAGAAGGUGUGGUGCAAAGAUCUCCACUGGCAUCUUCUUUGGCUGUGACCUGGUGAACUGGCUCAUGCAAGUUGGCCUUGCCUCUGACCGUGGUGAAGCUGUGAUGUAUGGAGACAGACUGAUGAGAGGAGGCGUCGUCCAGCAUAUUACAAAUGAAUUUGAAUUUCGCGAUGAAUAUUUGUAUUACCGUUUUGUUCCUAAGAGAUCAGUUGCAGUUGAGAGCCAUUGACCUGAGAAUGUAGGCAGAGGACAGGCAGUUAGGGGUGAGUGUGACCACCUCCUCUGCCUUCACCAGUGAAAUUGGAAGUAUUUCGUUCUCAUGGCUCUCGGAGAAUUGAGUUAUUCCCUCUUGUAAAGUUAAGAGAUGUGGUUUUACUUAUGUCUGUUCUGAAGGAAAUGUCAGCAAAGGAUUUUUAGUGAGUGUUCCAGUUAAUGCAACUAGAACAAAACAAGAUGCUCUGGAUUUAGAGCAUUUUUUCCAUUUUGAGCAAAACAAAUAGUAAAAUGGUAUAUGUCACUGUCAUAUUAUAGAGGCAUUGUAACAGCAGCUUUAGUGACUGGUGCCAAAUGAAAAAAACCACCCAUGAAUCAGAGGUAUUUUUUAUGUUGCCGUGUGUUUUCCAUAUUUUAGUGUGGCCUCCCUGUGACUUCACAGAAGUAGAAUUUCUUCUAUCAUACACGGUUUUUACUACUCUACUCUUGUCUAACACCAGGAAAUUUUUCUAGCUGUUUACACCUCAAAUCAGGUAGUUUGUUUCCCCCUUAAAGAUAAAAUCCUCCAUUUGUAAAAGUAGAAUUGUUGUGAAGAUGAUUCCGAUGUCGGAGGAUUAAAGCUGAGGAAAUAUUGAGUGGAAUAAAUAAUGGUUCUCUACAAAAUUACCAAAUCUUGAAAACAUAUAAAAAUACCCACUUCUCCCCCAAAUCAGGAAAAUGAUAUAAUAGAAUUUUGUAUAAAAAAUUAGUUGUGAAGUUUUGCCUUAUGGUGGUAGUAACAGCUUUGUCAUGAGUAGAUUUUUAAUUUCUGAAAUUAGCCUUUCCAGUUUUAAUUCAGAAGUGCCAACCUCAAAGAAAGAUGUUAUGGAAGCCUUGGAUACCUGUGCAAGUCAGGAUGAAAAAUUUUAUCAGAUCAUAAUAUCUUUUAAAUGGAAUACAAUGACUUUUAAAUCUAUUAUAUAAAGUAUCCUAACUGAACAUCCAAGUUAGGAUUUAGAGUAGCUAAAGAUCCUGAAAUUUUAGUAUUGGUGGCCUAACAAUGAUUUCUAAUAAGCCUCAGGUAUCCUCCUAUGAUGUUUAGUUACUCUAGUGUCAUUCAGAUUUCUGUGCACUGAAAGCAGAAUCUGCGAAUCUGUGUGUCUUCUACAGUGUUUUGAAAAGUUUAAAGACAAACUGUAGUAUUUGAUAGCCGUUAUGCUGCCCUUUUACAACUGCAAGAACAGCAUUUAUAUGUCUACAUAAAAAUUUUAUAUAGUGAAGGAAAGGAACCUGGGUAUUAAAAAAAAAAUGUUAUUUGCUCAAGUAUAUGAAUAACUCUUCUCAUCCUUUUUUUUAAAGUCUUUCCCUUUUUCCUUUUUUUCUUUUUUUUGGGUACACAGGUUUUUAUUAUAGCUACUUGUGCAUCUAGUUUGUAUUAAGAAUUAAAAGUGAUUUUAGCAACAUAAGCUACCAUUCAAGAAACAGUUGUGUCACAGUAGCUACAACUCCAUGCAAGGCUUAUAUGGGAAAAGUAAUUCCUUUUACUGUCAGUCUUAGUGCACUUCUGUAGUGUGCACAGAAACAUAACUGCAUGCUACUGCAUAUGUAUGCUAUACAAACUGACGUGUUUUAAUGUUUUCCAGCAACAAAAAAAUUGACAUUUGUAUCAGGCUGUGGCCACAAAGGAAAACAAUAGUAUAUUUCCCCUGCAACUGCUGAAGAUUAUUACAUCAAAUAUUUUGGAAUAAUUAGAUAUAUGCGACUUAAGAGCAGAAGCCGUGAGUAUGUCUGGCUUCUAAGUACUGUAACUUGUCAAUAAAUCUGUUACUUGA